GAAGACGUCAUGUGAUUGUCAUUUCGCACCUCAUCGGUAAACUUUGUAAAUAAUCCCUUUUAGAUUUUAUAAAAAUGGCGUCAGUAUUUCAUUUAUUCUGCGAGGCAGCUCAUAUUAAGCAAAAUGUUGUUAAAAAAUACUCGGAACUUGCAGAAAGCGACAAAAAAUUAUACUUUUCUGCAGUUGCAAUACAACGCACAUGGCGUGGAUAUUGGGUUCGCAAAAUGAUAGAAAACUGGCAUAACAAAGCGACCACAAUUCAGAGAUUUGCCAGGGGGUGGUUAGUUAGACUUCACUUGCCUGAAAGAUUAAAAAAUCAUCAUUAUUAUUUGAGUACUAAGUAUUACAAUGAGCAAGCUACGAAAAUUCAAGCUCUUUGGAGAGGAUAUUGUACACGAAAGGUGGAGGUCUCUGUCAAAGCUAUCUUAAGACAAAGAUACGAAAUAGAAAUGGCCAAUAAAGAAAUGCAAGAUCAAAUGAGGCAAGCGUUUGAAGAAAUGCGUGCUUCUGCAUGGACUGAAACACAACAAUACAUAGAAAAAAUCCUAAUGAUGUUAUUUGAAAGGCAUCAUCUUUUAAGAACUAGAACGCAAGAGGGAGUUUUUUCUAUUCAUGGUUCCAACGAACUUUCUUGUAUAGAAAGAAUAUUACGCAGUUUUCCACUUAAAGAUUACAUGACACAAUUGCAUGAAUCAAGUCAGAACAUUAUUCCUGAAAAAUCACAAGGAGAUAAGAAAAAGUUUGAUCUGAACACAACUAUAAAGCCCAAACCAUAUGAAAAGCUGCUACUAACACGAGAUUAAAGUGUAAAACAAAAUUAAUGUAUUGUAUAUCUUCUAUUAACUAUUUAAUUGUUAUAUACAAAAAUUUACAUAAAUUCCAUUACAAAGAUUUAAAAUUUAUGGUACUUGAUAAUCCGAAUAACAUGAAGCAACACCACAGUUGGAGUCAAAGAGUUUUGAAGCAGCUUGAAAUGCCACCAUGUCGAGGCUUCCUUGAUGUGCAGACAUCAUACCACUUUGGUUAAGCGACAUGUUUCCCAAAAUGAGCUCCCUGAAACCAAAAAUGUAAACUAGAGAUUUGAUUUUGAUAAAAUAUACAGUA